AUGAAUUAUGAAGAUAAAAUUGAAGAUGAAAUUGAAGAAGAAAUGGAAGAUGAAAUUGAAACAGAAAUGGAGCUUGAAUAUUAUGAUCAGGUUAGGCUUUUGAUGGAGGCAACUAAGAUCAUUAGAGAGAAAACUCAUGUUCAAGAUACACGAUACACAACUGUUGAAGAAAUGGUGGCAACAUUCUUGAUCAUUGUUGGACACAACGAUCGUUAUUGUAAUGUUCGUCAAAGGUUUAAUCGUUCACAUUUUGCUACUAGUCAAAACUUCAACAAAAUCUUGAGAGCAUUGAACACCAUAGCACCGGACAUGAUGGUUAAGCCGACUACAGCAAUACCCGCUAAAAUUCGGGAAAGUACAAGAUUUUAUCAUUUCUUUAAGGAUUGUAUCGGAGCUAUAGAUGGAACUCAUAUCCCGGUCAUGAUCACAGGCAGAGACGUAAGCAGUUAUCGUAACCGUCAUGGGGUGCAAUCACAAAAUGUUUUGGCAGCUUGUAACUUUGAUUUGCAGUUCAUCUAUGUGCUUAGUGGAUGGGAAGGCUCGGCCCAUGAUUCAAAACUUUUAACUAACGCAUUAUCCAGACCUAAUGGACUUCAUGUGCCUCAAGGUAAAUAUUUCCUAGUGGAUUGUGGAUUUGCUAAUCGACGUCAGUUUUUGGCUCCGAUGCGUGGUGUUCGAUAUCAUCUCAAAGAUUUCGGUGGUGAAGGUCGUCACCCCAGAAAUGCAGAUGAGUUGUUCAAUCUUUGA